AUGGGAACUUGGGAAAAUUUUCAAUCUUUAGACUUUCCCAUGAAACAUCCAUUUUUGCUCGCAAUUUUAAUUGUGAUCACUCAUUGUUUAGAUUUCAAUGAAUAUGAUUUUUUCAAGUCGAAAUGUGACGCUUCAUGUAUCUUCAAUGGUAACGAUUUGAAUUCAACGACAAUUGGAUCAUUUCCCAGUACUUGUACCACUAUUUGUACAAAUUUGGGAAUCAAUAAUCAUUGUGAUUUAUCAGAAAAUCAAUUAAUUUUAGCAUUUCAAAAUGUGAAACAUUUGAUUGGAAGUCUGAUUUUGUUUAAAACAAAAUUCACAAGUGCAAAGUUUUUGCGGACUUUGGAAUCCGUUGAAUGUGGUCUUGCCGACUUUACGAUCGCUUAUAACCCGAAAAUGGAAGAAAUUGGAAUGACAAAUCUCUUAAAAAUCAAAUGCUCAUUUAUCAAUAUUCAUGGAAAUGAGGAAAUGAAAAAACUGAACAUUCCUAAUUUCAAGUACGCUUCACCGUCUGCUGAAAAUUUGGAAGCCAAUGAAUGCGAAAUCGAGAUUAAUAUCGAUUCUGAAAAAUAUGGAUUUUGUAUAACAUCUGUGGAAAUGUACAAUUUCAUAAAUAUCGACGAUGUGAAUUUGAAAAAAUUGGGCGGAGGAAUUUGUGAGCCCGGAAUCCAGCCGAGCUCCGGAAAGUUGUGCAACGCUUCGUAUAACGUGGAUGAGGAAACCGAAAUUCAAGAUGGAUGCACACAGAUGUUUGGAAAAUUGGUUAUCAAUUCCAAAAAUGUGCAAAAUGUACAAAAAUUGAGCUCGGUGGAAAUCAUUUUCGGAGUUUUAUACAUCGAAAAAACCAACUUGACGACUAUUGAUUUUUUGCAAAAUCUGAAGUAUAUUUCAGCAUUGGGAUAUGGCUAUCCAGCGAUUACUGUUCAAAAUAAUCCGUAUCUAUCGAAUUUCUCAUUUCCAAAUCUCAAGCGAAUAAAAAACAAUGGAGAAUCGUCAGUUGUGUUUACAAAUAACACCCAGGAGUUCAUUUUGGACCCAAAGUAUUGCUCAUUUUUUGAAAACGAACUUGGUCAAGACGGUUGGGAAAGACCAAGCUUCGAUGGGAAAAGUUGUUACACUCUCAUAAAAGAAGCAAAUACUCGUCCACCGUACAAAUUCGCCAAAAACCUGGAUUUGAUUAUCGUGGUACUGCUUUUGUCAAUUUCUCAGAUUGUGUGA